AUGGCAGAACCGAGGUACUCACGAGAUGAUAGUUCUCCUAGGAUCAGCCCAUCUUAUGAAAGAAAUGAACGGCACAAGCAGAAAGGAGCCUAUCAUAAUGGAGUAGAUGAAAAAUACCACACACCGGGAUAUAGAGAAUAUCAAGAGAAGCCCGAAUAUGAAGAGAGAGCAUCAGAGGACUACAGAUAUAAUCAAAACAAAGAUUACCAAUACAGAAGAAAUGAAGAAUACGCACAUAUGUAUGAUAGGCCUUACCCAGAGGAGAGGUCGCCCAUUAUGGAGACAUCUUCACAGACCCGCAAAGAAAAUGAAAGAAGGGAGGGAAGAAUGUAUGCACAGCCAUUUCCCAGCAGACAGUUCAGAAGUAAUAGUAUAUCUGGGGCAUCCUUGCUAUCUAUUGGGCAGGAGAUAGAGAGGGACAAAAUGCUUGGGUUUCAUUCGCCUCCAAGUCACCCAGCACACAGUCCAGUUACAACACAUUUAGCAUCCCCGCAGGAGGUGCACCCAUCUGACCGACAGAAAUCUGCAGCCGCCAUGUCUAGCCUACGGUUCUUCCGGAAAGAAGACAAUGAAGACUCUGCUGAAAGCGAUGACGACCCAAGCAGAGUAAAAGGAAGAAAAAAGAUUCGCAUGGAUUUCAUAAAGGAUAAAGGACGCAGAGGAGUGACAUUCAGUAAAAGAAAGAAGGGCAUCAUGAAAAAAGCAUAUGAGCUGAAUGUCUUAACAAAGUGUGAAAUUCUUUUGGUGGUGGCCUCUGAAACAGGACAUGUAUAUACAUUCGCUACGCCUAAGUUGCAGCCCAUUAUAAAGCAGCACGAGAACCUGAUUCAGCAGUACCUUAAUACGCCGUAUAUGAACGACGUAAACAGAAUUUAUGACACACCAGAAAGAUUCCCCCACGAUUCGGGCUAUUAUAAAAGUCAUGAGCCAGGUUAUGGCUAUGACAGGAUCCUUCGGGGCAGUCCAUAUCCGCCUAAUUAUUACCAUAGUGGAUAUGAAGGGGACAGCUCCCCUGGGAAUGGGCCCAGAAUAUAA